AUGUUCGAUCCACCCUACAUUGACGGCACGGACCGCGUCGAGGACUCUUUUGCCGAUUUCUCGAUUUUCGACAAAAUUCAGAGCAACGAUGAAGUGAAUGAAUCGCUGAAUUUUCCGGCAAUCGACCCAGAGCCGAUUCAAAGAGGCGAAGUUUAUCGGAAAUCCCAUCGAAACUCGGAUCACGGUCUACUCUAUCGUCAAGCCGCCUACUACGGCCCGACUCCUCCUCUAGCAAUUACACCGAUUCCUGAUGGAAGUCCGCCACCGGAUGAGCCGAUCCCAACCUCGUCGAGAGCCUCCGCAACCUCGCUGGAGCAGAAAAUCACCUCGUCCCAGUGUUGCGCCCAUCCACGACCGACUACCGUCAUUGGUGGCCCUACCACUCAAGUCUACGUGAAUUGCUAUCCUGGAAAGACUACGAGAACAACCGUUUAUCGGAGUCCCUCACUGGCUAGGGGGAACUCUCUGUACAAGCAGCAAUCUCUCGCAUAUUCUUCGCGGCAAUCCAGUGUACUGAGAGACUCCGAGUAUCCGAGUACAAUCACCGUUAGACAGGGCUCUAGAACAUCCAAGGGAUCAAGGGCAACACUGAAAUCGGGGAACUCGUGCGACCGGAAAGAGUCGUGCCUCGGAGCACUGCCAUCAACAAUGAGAACCCCACUAUUGGGCCCUCAGCGGAAAUUCUCGUCGGUUGACAACGGAUACAUGCAAAGGAGUUACUACGAAAGUAUUGAUCGAUAUUUGCCCUAUGAAAUGACGGUGAUGAGCACAAAAAAGCGGAGAGGCUCGAAAUUCCCGUCACUUGAUAAUGACAAACACCUCAAUGGCGGCGUUCGUUUCGAUCCGGAAGUUGGCGGUGAGCCAAAGCAGCGAUCAGCGAGUACAGUGCGCGUGAUUCGACGACGACAGAGUGGAUAUGGGAUCGCGAUUUCGAGCGAGUCGACGGCAAAAAUGCGAUGCCGGAUGCGGAAGUUGUUGUUCAUUCGAAGAAACAAGAUUUGCGAUUUGUGUCUCAUUUUGGCGAUCGCCGGUUUGUUAUUCGUGGUGGUCGACUCGGAGUUGACGGCGCUGAAAAAAGAUACUGGCAUUGAUAAGACUCAUUGGGCUUCGUUAUUGUUGCGUGGAGCGGCCGUCUCGUCGACGAUUUCGCUAAUGGCUUGUCUUGUCAACUAUCACUCUAUAGAGGUAAAAAUAGCGUUAAUCGAUUCGGGAGCGGAUGAUUGGAGAGUGGCGCUGAGUACGGAUCGAAUAUUGAAGCUAACGCUGGAGUUGAUUGUUUGCUCGAUAUGUCCUUUUCCAGGCACAGGUUCCAUCAAUUGGCCUUUUAUUUCACCGGAAACGAGAAAAGUCACAAUGAUAUCAGUUCCUGUCGACGUUCUCCUCUCUGUACCAAUGUUUUUACGGAGUUAUCUCCUUUGUCGUUUCAUGGUUCUUCACAGUAAACAAUUUCAGGACGCAGCCACAAGAUCGAUCGCGGCGUUGAACCGAAUCUCAAUGGAUUUCCGCUUUGUGAUCAAAACGAUGAUGGCCGAACAUCCGUUGAGGGUUCUCAUCGUGUUCACAGUCACCUAUUGGAUCUGCAUGAGUUGGAUGUUCACUCAGUGUGAGAGAUACGACAACAAGCUGAACACCGAGCAUUACUAUAUGAACUCAAUGUGGUUUAUCAUGGUCACAUUCAUGUCGAUCGGAUAUGGAGACAUUGUGCCGAACACGUAUUGCGGGAGAACUCUUUCGAUUGCCACUGGCAUUGUGGGAGCCGGUGUCUCGUCGGCGCUGAUUGCCGUCAUUUCGCGAAAGUUGGAGUUGAGUCGAGCGGAGAAACACGUGAAUAACUUCAUGGCUGACAGCAAACUCACAAAUCAACGCAAAAAUGCGGCCGCGUCUGUGCUACAAGAGACAUGGUUCAUUCACAAAUACAAAAAAUCCACAAAUAAAGGCGACGAGUUGCGCUUGAGGCACCACCAAAGACGCUUCUUGCAUUCGAUCACCGAAUUUCGGCGAAUCAAAUGGGAUCAACGGAAAUUGCAAGAGAAAGGGAACAGCUUAUUAGAUGUGGGGAAAUUGCAUGCGGAUAUGCACGAGACACUUUGGGAGAUGCAUCGGACACAGGAUCAUUUCAUCACUCAGGUGGACUUGUUGACGCAGAAAAUCAUCGAACUGCAGAACACACUCUUGCAACAAGGCGGGCACAAGACGAUGCCGGCGAUGAACUCGAACCAGAGCACUCCGCAACCGAAUUCGAUCCCACCGAGCUUCUCAUUGUCUCGUCUGAAUGUGCCUGGCGGUAGCCAAACACCGAACACUCCAUCAGUGACCUCGUCGACGAAUUGCAUCGCAACCGGCGCCACCACUUUCGCAAACACACAAUCCGUCCCAAUCGUGAGUUCUCCAUCGGACAGUCACCUCUUCAGCAAUAACAACGGACAACAACAGCCGGGUUGUAUAAAUGGAACGAUCUACAGCCAAACCAACCCAACAACCCCUUUAAUGCAAUCGAUUGAUCAAGAU